CCACUGCAGUGUGGAUAAAACUCAGGAGAAUCCCAGGAACCUCUUGAUGCUUUCUUUCUAAUGGGAAUUUAAACUCCUCAGCUUACUGGAUUGCACAAAGCACUUUUCCCCGCAGGUGAGAUGGACGGCAGGAGCAAACCUAAGAGCAGAUCUGUAAACAGGCAAGUACGUCUCCUCUUCUUAUUGUCUUUCGUCUGCCAGACUGUCUCAGAGCAUCUUCGCUAUUCAAUUCCAGAGGAAAUGGGAAAGGGUUCCGUUGUGGGGAAUCUUGCCAAGGAUCUGAAACUGAGUAUUGCAGAAGUGGGAAAUCGCAACCUGCAUAUCCUUUCUUUAGGCAAAAAGCAGUACUUCUCCAUUAAUGCUGAAAAUGGGAAUCUGUAUGUAAAAGACAGGAUUGACAGAGAGGAAAUCUGUGGGGAAACUGCACUCUGCUCCAUCAGUUUUGAAAUGGUGAGUGCAAACCCCAUGGAAAUAUUUUACAUAACAGUAGAGAUCCAGGAUAUUAAUGACAAUCCACCACAUUUCUUAAAUGGUGAUAUCAAGCUAGAGAUAAGUGAAUCCACUUUACCAGGAGCUACAUUUCCACUUGAACAAGCAGAAGAUCCUGAUAUUGGGAUAUAUUCUGUCCAGGAAUAUAAUCUAAGCAUUAAUAAGUAUUUUACUUUAGUAAUUAGUAAGCAGGACUCUUUAAACAAGAAUGCAGAAUUAGUACUGGAAAAACAAUUGGAUCGUGAAAGUGAAAGUACUGUUAGUUUAACCCUUACUGCUCUUGAUGGAGGAAACCCUGCAAAAACUGGAACAGCCAAAAUACAAAUUACAGUCAUAGAUGCUAAUGACAACCCACCUGUCUUCAGUCAAAAAUUGUACAAAGUCAGCCUCAGAGAGAAUGUGUCAAAGGGAUCUACUGUAAUACAAGUCAAAGCUACAGACAAAGAUGAUGGUUCCAAUGGCCAGAUCAACUAUUUCUUUAGCAAUAUUGCUGAUAAUGCUCAUCAAAAAUUUGAUUUACAUCCAGAAAAUGGUCUUAUCACAAUUCAAGAAGAGCUUGACUUUGAGGAAAUAGAGAAAUAUAUUAUAGGGAUAAAAGCAAGAGAUGGAGGUGGCUUAGUGGCUCAUUGUAACAUUGAAGUAAAUCUGGUAGACGUGAAUGACAAUGCCCCAGAAGUGAUUCUCGCUUCCUCAUCCAGAGAAAUUCCUGAAAACUCUCCAUUAGGAACAUUAGUUGCCCUUAUCAAUAUAAAGGAUAAAGAUUCGGGGGAUAAUGGGGAGGUCAACUGCCAUUUACAGAAUGCUUCCCCAUUCAGAAUAGUAUCAGCAGCUAAUAACUACUAUAAGCUACUAACAGAUGGUCCCUUAGAUAGAGAAAGCACCCCAGCAUACAAUCUUACAAUCACAGCCACAGACAAAGGUACGCCCCCUCUUUCUACACAGAAAACCAUCUCACUGGAGAUUUCAGAUAUCAAUGAUAAUGCCCCUACCUUUGAAAAAUCCUUAUACACUGUUUAUGUGGCAGAGAACAAUCCUGCUAGCGCCUCCAUCUUCAGCAUCAAAGCUGUGGACCCCGAUCUUGGUGUCAACGCUAGGAUCACCUACUCCAUCCUCACUAGCAAAAUAGAGGCACUACCUCUCCCAUCUUACCUCUCCAUUAACUCAGAAAGUGGCACCCUCUAUUCUCAAAGGUCUUUUGACUAUGAGCAACUCAGGGAGUUUGAGGUACAGGUGAAGGCUGAAGAUGGAGGCUCCCCGCCUCUCAGCAGCAAUGCCACAUUGAGAUUGUUCAUCCAGGACCAAAAUGACCAAAACCCUCAAAUUCUGUAUCCCUCUCCAGGAGCAGAGGGCUCAGCCUCCUUUGAGAUGGUGCCUCGCUCGGCAGAGAUGGGGUACCUAGUUACAAAGGUGGUGGCUGUGGACUCUGACUCUGGGCACAAUGCCUGGCUGUCUUAUCAUCUACUGCAAGCUACUGAGCCAGGACUCUUCACAAUUGGUGGCCACACGGGUGAAAUCAGGACACUGCGGACGUUUCUGGAAAGGGAUGCUCUGAAACAGAAGCUAGUGGUCUUGGUGAAGGAUAAUGGGCAACCCCCGCUCUCUGCUACAGUCAGUCUCAAUCUGAUCUUUGCUGAAAACUUCCAAGAGGCGCUGCCAGAAAUAAAUAACCAAACCAUGGAUUCAGAGCAACAAUCUGAGCUCCAGUUCUAUCUAGUGCUGGCCUUAACUUUGAUCUCCUUUCUGUUCCUCUUGACUGUAAUUCUAGUUAUUAUGAUGAAACUCCGACAGUCGGGGAAUCUGACAUUUCUUCCAUGCUUUGCUCCCAUUCCCCAUUCAAGCAAUGCCAUUAUAUUCCCACCCAAUUAUGAGGAAGGGACUAUUCCUUAUUCCUAUCAGCUCUGUUUAUCAUCCGAGUCCAAGAUACAUGAAAUUACUUUUCCAGCACCCAAAGUUCAACCUGCAGAAUAUAUUUCAUGCAACCAAAAUUCUGAUGUUCUUCUGCCUACUAAUGCCCUAAAUUCUGAAAUGGAGAAAAUUGAUUUGGUGAGUUUUCUUUUGAAGAGUAGCAACUUAACAUAUCUUGUUAAUGAAAUUGAAAAUCUUACUGGAUUGCACAAAGCACUUUUCACCGCAGGUGAGAUGGACGGAAGGAGCAAAGCUAAGAGCAGAUCUGUAAACAGGCAAGUACGUCUCCUCUUCUUAUUGUCUUUCGUCUGCCAGACCGUCUCAGAGCACCUUCGCUAUUCAAUUCCAGAGGAAAUGGGAAAGGGUUCCGUUGUGGGGAAUCUUGCCAAGGAUCUGAAACUGAGUAUUGCAGAAGUGGGAAAUCGCAACCUGCAUAUCCUUUCAGUAGGCAGAAAACAAUACUUCUCCAUUAAUGCUGAAAAUGGGAAUCUGUAUGUAAAAGACAGGAUUGACAGAGAGGAAAUCUGUGGGGAAACUGCACUCUGCCCCAUCAGUUUUGAAGUGGUGAGUACAAACCCCAUGGACAUAUUUUACAUAACAGUAGAGAUCCAGGAUAUUAAUGACAAUGCACCACAUUUCUUAAAUGGUGAUAUCAAGCUAGAGAUAAUUGAAUUCACUUUACCAGGAGCUACAUUUCCACUUGAACAAGCAGAAGAUCCUGAUAUUGGGAUAUAUUCUGUCCAGGAAUAUAAUCUAAGCAUUAAUAAGUAUUUUACUUUAGUAAUUAGCAAGCAGGAUUCUUUAAACAACUAUGCAGAAUUAGUACUGGAAAAACAAUUGGAUCAUGAAAGUGAAAGUACUGUUAGUUUAACCCUUACUGCUCUUGAUGGAGGAAACCCUGCAAAAACUGGAACAGCCAAAAUACUGAUUACAGUCAUAGAUGCUAAUGACAACCCACCUGUCUUCAGUCAAAAAGUGUACAAAAUCAGCCUCAAAGAGAAUGUGUCAAAGGGAUCUACUGUAAUACAAGUCAAAGCUACAGACAAAGACGAUGGUUCCAAUGGCCAGAUCAACUAUUUCUUUAGCAAUAUUGCUGAUAACGCUCAUCAAAAAUUUGAUGUACAUCCAGAAAAUGGUCUUAUCACAAUUAAAGAAGAGCUUGACUUCGAGGAAAUGGAGAAAUAUGUCAUAGGGUUAAAAGCAAGAGAUGGAGGUGGCUUAGUGGCUCAUUGUAAUAUUGAAGUAAAUCUGGUAGAUGUGAAUGACAAUGCCCCAGAAGUGAUUCUUGCUUCCUCAUCCAGAGAAAUUCCUGAAAACUCUCCAUUAGGAACAUUAGUUGCCCUUAUCAAUAUAAAGGAUAAAGAUUCGGGGGAUAAUGGGGAGGUCGACUGCCAUUUACAGAAUGCUUCCCCAUUCAGAAUAGUAUCAGCAGCUAAUAGCUACUAUAAGCUGCUAACAGAUGGUCCCUUAGAUAGAGAAAGCACCCCAGCAUACAAUCUUACAAUCACAGCCACAGACAAAGGUAUGCCCCCUCUUUCUACUCAGAAAACCAUCUCACUGGAAAUUUCAGAUAUCAAUGAUAAUGCCCCUACUUUUGAGAAAUCCUUAUACACUGUUUAUGUGGCAGAAAACAAUCCUGCUAGCUCCUCCAUCUUCAGCAUCAAAGCUAUAGACCCGGAUCUUGGUGGCAACGCUAGGAUCACCUACUCCAUCCUCACUAGCAAAAUAGAGGCACUGCCUCUCCCAUCUUACCUCUCCAUUAACUCAGAAAGUGGCACCCUCUAUUCUCAAAGGUCUUUUGACUAUGAGCAACUCAGGGAGUUUGAAGUACAGGUGAAGGCUGAAGAUGGAGGCUCCCCGCCUCUCAGCAGCAAUGCCACAUUGAGAUUGUUCAUCCAGGACCAAAAUGAUCAAAGCCCUCAAAUUCUGUAUCCCUCUCCAGGAGCAGAAGGCUCAGCCUCCUUUGAGAUGGUGCCUCGCUCGGCAGAGAUGGGAUACCUGGUUACAAAGGUGGUGGCUGUGGAUUCUGACUCUGGGCACAAUGCCUGGCUGUCUUAUCAUCUACUUCAAGCUACUGAGCCAGGACUCUUCACAAUUGGUGCCCACACGGGUGAAAUCAGGACACUGCGGACGUUUCUGGAAAGGGAUGCUUUGAAACAGAAGCUUGUGGUCUUGGUGAAGGAUAAUGGGCAACCCCCGCUCUCUGCUACAGUCAGUCUCAAUCUGAUCUUUGCUGAAAACUUCCAAGAGGCGCUGCCAGAAAUAAAUAACCAAACCAUGGAUUCAGAGCAACAGUCUGAGCUCCAGUUCUAUCUAGUGCUGGCCUUAACUUUGAUCUCCUUUCUGUUCCUCUUGACUGUAACUCUAGUUAUUAUGAUGAAACUCCGACAGUCGGGGAAUCUGAAAUUUCUUCCAUGCUUUGCUCCCAUUCCCCAUUCAAGCAAUGCCAUUAUAUUCCCACCCAAUUAUGAGGAAGGGACUAUUCCUUAUUCCUAUCAGCUCUGUUUAUCAUCCGAGUCCAAGAUACAUGAAAUUACUUUUCCAGCACCCAAAGUUCAACCUACAGAAUAUAUUUCAUGCAACCAAAAUUCUGAUGUUCUUCUGCCUACUAAUACCCUAAAUUCUGAAAUGGAGAAAAUUGAUUUGGUGAGUUUUCUUUUGAAGAGUAACAACUUAACAUAUCUUGUUAAUUAA